UCACAACUAUUCUACUCUCGGUCAUUGCCGGCGUCGGUAUCCUUGGUUUGCUGCUGUUCAGCUUAGUGUGCUUUUUGAUCGCUACAAAUAGUGCAAAACUAACUGAAAAUUAUUGCCAAUAGUGAAUAACUAGAAUUGCUAACUGUGAAAGUGAUUUUUGGCGUGUCAGAUAGAGCAGAACGUUGAAAAAAGCACCAUGUCCUUUGAUAACGACAACGAUAAUGGCAAUGACGGUGGCGGCGCAUUCCACAUUCGUCUGCGCGGUCUUCCGUGGAACAUCACGGAAAAUGAGAUCCGCGACUUUUUGACCGGCGUCGAUGUCGACCAUAUUCACAUCGGAAUCAAUUCGAUGACCAAGCGGCAAACAGGCGAGGCUUUCCUGCGACUGCCGACAUUGGACGAUCAGAUAAAGGCUCUAGAUCUGAACAAGGCAACCAUCGGUCAUCGGUACAUUGAGGUGUUUACCAUUACGGAAGAUCAGUUUGAGAAUGCUAUCAACGACGAAAAUGACGCCGAAGAUGGUGGACCAGUGCUGAAACUGCGCGGUCUACCCUGGUCUUGCACCAAGGAUGACGUGAAGCGAUUCUUCAUCGGGUACACGAUAAAGAAUGGCUAUAAUGGGAUACUUUUGCUACUGGAUCAGCUGGGACGGGCAUCUGGGGAGGCGAUUGUUGAAUUUGCAACUGACGAUGAUGCCGAAAAGGCGAUGAUGAGUAAACAGAAAGAGAAGAUUGGGAACAGAUAUAUCGAACUGUUCAAGAGCAGCAUCCGUGAAAUGAAGUGGGCUGAAAAGCGAAUGCGUCGUAUGUCUCCGUUCGGUCGAGGCAAUGGUAACGACGACGGCAACAACGGGGGCGGCAUGGGCGGCGGCGGUAACAACAACAACAACAAUCGCCAGCGUUUCCCACCCGGUCAGGGCUACGGACGUGGAUCCAGUGGAGGAGUUUACUCGUCAGAUGAUUUCUCGAGCGGACCUUCCGGUGGCGGAAACAGCUGGAACAACGAUAACGGUUUCGGAAGCGGCGGCGGUGGUAACAGCUUCGGAUCGAACAAUGGCAACAAGCUGGGCGGAGGUGGUCUCGGUGGUGGUGGUGGUGGCGGCAGCGGCAGCAUGUACUCCGGUGGGUUGGCCAACAAUACGGGCAACAUUGACUUCUUGAGAUUGUUGCAGGAUCAGUUGAAGCGCGGAGGUGGCACCAACUACGGCUCCGGGCGUAGCAACAACACCGGCGGUGGUUACAGUAGCGGCGGUUUUGGUGGUAGUGGUGGCGGUUUCGGUGGUAGCGGCGGUGGCUUUGGAGGCAGCAGCGGCGGUGGUUUUGGCGGUAGCAGCGGUGGUGGUGGUGGUGGCGGCGGCUUCGGUAGCAGCUUCGGUGGAAACAGCGGAGGAGGAGGCGGUGGUAACAGCUUUGGCGGAGGAUUCGAUUCUGAUCGUGGUUUCCGCUCUGGUGGUGGUAACAAUUUCAGCAGCUUUGGCGGCAGCGGCAACAGCUUCGGCAAUGGCGGAGGUGGAAACUUCGGCAACAAUGACUUCGUCAAAGGUGCCGAUAAUCUGUUCUGUGUGCACCUGCGGGGAAUGCCGUUCAGCUGCGACGAGCAGGACAUACAAGACUUUUUUAUGCCGCUCAGACCGACCAAGUGUGAGGUCCAAUUCGAUUCCAGAGGUCGCCCAUCCGGCGAGGGUGAUGCUUACUUUGAAACGAUGGAAGAAGCUAUGAAAGCGAUGAAGAAGCAUAAGGAAAAAAUGGGUACUCGCUACAUUGAGCUGUUUGCAGGCGCUAGGAAGAAUCAGAAUAAGUUCAUGGACUGAACAAUUUAAAAGCCCAGCUUAACCAUGUAAUGACAAGUAGUGAAUGACAGGAGAUUCAGCAUCAUUGCUUAGUGUAAGUGAAGAAAACACUCAGCUUCCAGUUGUAAUUUGGAACUACAUGCUACAUUUGUUUGUUCAAGUUCAACAAUCACUACAUAUACCUACAUACAGAUAUAUUUUAGCAUCUAAGCGACAAUGGAUGAUUACUGUUAUCACUAACCUCAAACAUCCACACACACCCUAUGUUCAUACAGGAUGCACUUAAUCUUUUAAAAGGAAAAACUAGCUGAUCCUUUGAUUUUAGUUUUUAAGCUAGAUAAUAUUGUCAAUUUUUUAAUCGCUGAGUGACGCGAGUAACGCAAUUUUCGAAAGGAAGGAAAACCAGCAGCUUGACCGAAUCAUUUGCCGUCAAACAUUUGUAAACGUAAGACAGAUUGAAUAAAUCAGUAUCUAUGCUUUAGAAACCA